AUGGAAGAGAGCAAGAAAGGACAAAGUGGAAGCCAUGAGGGCAAACUGGAACCCACAGAGACAAACUGCUGUAUUCAUCUGUCUCUCAUUGCUGGAAUCCCAAAACUGCAAUGCCCUGAAGAAGAAGUUGGUACCCUUGCAGUAGAGCUACACCUCUGCUCAGCCCAGGAUUCAGAGAAUCUGAGGCAGGAGAAACAGCAGGAGGUGGAUCGGAUCAUCUUCUGUGUCUUCUUAGAAGUCGACUUCAAAAUCUACAAAAAGAAAAUGAGCGAAUUUUUCCCCGUAGAUGACAAUGAAGAAGAAGAUGUUGAAAUGAAAGAAGAUUCAGAGGGAUUGGAGCCAAAAGUCCUCUCUCCACCCCACAAGAAGAGCAAAGCGAAGAAGCCAGAAUGCGCAAAAGACACUAGCGAGGAUGGUGUCAGUGCUGCUACUGUCCCCAGCCCUGCUUCAGAAGAGGCAAUUGAAGUCUGUAAAGAUGAAGAUUCUGCAAAAGAUGACAAUAUUACAAAAGACAGUGAGGUAACCGAUCAUCCUGUAUGUGGCCAAGAUCAUCCCAAUGGACAAGAGAAUGAUUCGAUGAAGAAUGAAAUAAAUAUUGAGGCAGAGUCACAGAGCUCAUACAUGGAAACAGAAGAGCUUUCAUCAAACCAAGAUGAUACCACGAUUGUGGAGCAACCAAAAAUGAUUCCACUCACAGAUGGCCAAGAAGGAGAGGAAGGCGAAAAAGCUCAAGGCGAGGACACGCCUAGAGUUUCUGUGAAAAGCGAAGGCUCCUGCGACACAGAAAACUCUACAAGUCCUGAUGUUGAAAUGAAUAGUCAGGUUGACAGUGUAAAUGAUCCAACAGAGAGUCAGCAGGAUGAUUAACUAAUAGGGGUACAAGACGAAGUCAAGGAACAGAGAAAUGGAAGAAAAUGCCAGUCCUCAGCAUUACAGCUUCUCCUAGUCCUGGAGGAGAGCAGGAAGACAGCAGUGCUGCUGUGGAGGAUCAUCGAUUAUGGCUUUUACGGGGAGCAGCAGUAUUAA